AUGGCCUCGGGGAGUUCGUUGACUGCCGCUCCUAACCGCGCUCGAGCAGAGGGGAGCCCACAGGAGCCAAGCUACUUCUGCCGCCUUUGCGCCAUGGGGGGAGAAGGCAAGCAUCUCCCACACGAGUGCCGUGAUCCAAGGUGCCGAUGUUAUGGCAUCCCUCCCAGAAAACGGCGCAAAGAUGCUCCAAAGGAAGCUGCGGAGGAGGGGGAAGUUCAAGAGCCACCGAGAGUCAAAGCAAAGCCGCAGCCAGCUCACCAACGAGGCCAAGCUGCACCAAAGGCUGCCCUCCCAAGGGGGGAAGAGGCUCCGUCGGGGGAGCAAGAAGCAACAGUGGCUGCGAUGUCCUCCAGCGAAGAGUCGUCGUCCAGUGAGACGAGCGCCAGCACCGACAGUGACCCGCUGCGGGGGACACACCCACAACGCCGCUCUACAAGAAGGCUGGUUGAGCAACUAUAUGCAGAAGCGUGGAAAGGCGAAGUGGUGUACCAUGGGGGGACAAAGUCGUUCUACAUGUUUGGAGAAGCGCCGAGUUCCAAUGUAAGAGUGCUCUCCGAAGGCCAGAGGCGGGGGAUACUGGAGCGAAUGGCGGACCAAGCGUACAAUUGCAUUAUGACUGCAAAAUUGUACGGGGGAAGAAGAACGCUCAGCCAUGUCAUGGAGAGUCUGGAGCAGCGGCCCCUCAAGGUGGGAGGUCUCUGGACGGGGUUACAACUUCGACACCAUGAAGAACUACGUGUGGACGCUGCAAAGUGGAAGACUUUGGUGGGGGCGUUCGACCAGACGCCCACUGAAAGCCAGGCGGGGGAGGAAGUGACUGCGGGGGAUCUCCAUCCUCGUGAAGCUGCAGACAUGGGGGAACAAGCCCCAGUCACACCUCCUCUGCCACCAGGGGGAGAAGAAGAAGAAGCCAUACAUGCAGAUGUAUCAGACUGGACCGGAGCAGAGAGCGACCUGGACAGUGGGGGAGGCCAAGCUGAUGGCACUGCAGCUCCUCAAACACCAGAGAUUCAGGCAACAGAAGACGACCUACGGACUGGGGGGACGUCAAGACCACAAUGGCCAGACGACGACGCUGUCGAUGCUGCAUUCGGCGACCUCACGGAAGACCAGCUCAGAGCAGCCUGGCACAUGGAGGCACCGAGGGGGAGUACAGAGCCGGGGGAAAGCAGCGCCGGCACAGCAGCGCCCCUGCUCAAUGAUGCGGACUUUCUACAACGAGUACUACAAGACCUAGACGAGGAGGCGGGGGAAGUCGCGGUGGAGACGGAGGAGUUCGACCUCGAAAGCGCCAACGCCGCAGUGUACGCAGCGGGGAGACAGCCACGAGUGGUCAAAAUAGCGAGUGACAGCACUUCGCACCAAGCAAAGGAGCUGAAGGUGAAGUUCCCAAGGAGAGCCAAGGGACGGGCGUCAGCAAGCCAAUCCCGGACUGCGGGGGAACCAGCCACUCCCUCCUCGCUCACACAGCAAGUGUUGAGGCUUGCCCGUGAGGGGGACAAUGCUGAGACAGAGGAAAGAGGUUCACCGCGCCCGACCGCGACAACCAGAACCUUCCCAGCUGGGGGGAAGCCAGAGCGGUCGCCUCUAAAGAGGAAACCGCGCCGACCUGAGCGAUGA